GCAUUCAUUCAUAGCUUCAAAUUAGUUUGCCCAGCUCAUUCGGACGCCAGUUGCGAAAUAGCAUUCGCGGUGGAAGCACGUCUAAAAAUAAAGCACAUUUAUUUCGAAAUUUACGUGUAGUGUUUAUAAAAGGAUAUUUGUUUUGUGUUUGUGGUAUUGUGAAGGAAGAGGAUUUGGCGGCGUGUGCCCUUACUUAGAUGACCUAUCUAUCCCAGAGUCCCUACAAGAUGCCGACUCAGGCCCGUUGCGACCGCGUGCCGCCAGCCCACGACACCAAGUGGGACGCGCUGGACUUGAGGGUGCUGCAGGAGGAUGACCUACCAUUAGAUCCUCGAACCUGGUGUCGCGCGGACGUGGGCACGUGGGUGUCCCGGCGCGGCGGGCUCCCCGAGCGGUUCCCUAUGAACGGGAAGGCGCUGUGCCUCAUGUCCAAGGACAUGUUCGCCAGUCGAGUGCCGCAUAAUGGACAUGCCUUGCACCAGGAUUUUAGACGAAGAUUAGCAAAGGCAUUAGCUCUACAGGACCUUAUUGAGAAGAUGUCCAGAAACUGAUCAGGAAUGUCUUUUAAAAUGAAGCCAUCACCCAACUUUGGCACUGAAACUGGAUACCAGCUCUUAUAACUGAGGCGCGCUCAAGAUCCUACACAAAAUCAACCUGAUAUGAGAACUCUAGCAUAAUACCCAUUAUUCCUAAAUUAUUGCAGUUUUGAACACUUUUUGGUACUAAAAGUUAGAACACACGUUUUGGGAGUUAGAAUUAGGACGCCUAUGUACAAAUCAAUAGAAUACAGUCAAAAAUGUUAUUAAUUUCUGGUCUUGGGGGAUAUGAGCCCCGAGUAAUAUUAAAAUUAAUUUUUCGCCGUCCGUAGGUAAAUCAAAGAUUAGAUGUUUUCUUAGAAGAGAAGGCAUGAUUAAAAAAAAAUCAAGAUAGGUGCAUAUGUAUUUUACUCAAUUUAAACAUUUUCGACUGUAUUCUGUUUUUAGAAAUUUAGUAUUACAAUCGCACUGUUUUUGUUAAUUUAGACUAAGUUUUUUGACUUGUAAUAAGAAUGUUUGACUUAAUGAUUGGUGUAGGAAGAAAUGCAAAGAAUAUGAAAACUGCACUUGCAUAAUAAAUAUAUAUAAAACAUUGAAUGCGUCCACGGAUGAGAACAUAUUCUUAUUACAAGACAAAAUCGUUAAUAGUGUAUGUUCCUAAUAAUAUAAGAAUUAAGUAGCAAUAUUUUACACUUGAAAGUUCAGGGAAGACGUCAUUUUUGUAUUGUUAAGAAUCAUUAAAAACUUUAAUAUUCGAUAUGGGGAAUCGUUACUCCCACUGACCCCCCGCUAACUUCCGCCCUGAAUUUUGAAGUGAAACCUUUAAAAGUGGACUUACAUGUCAGUAUUACUUCGUUAAAUACAUAAAUAAGUAAUUUGAAUGCGUAGGUACAUAUGCCUGUACUUGGAAAUCUAUGAACUCUAGUAUCCACUCUAAGUUUAGUAUUUUUUUAAAGAGUGUUGUCGGGUAUUUCUAAGCAUUUUAACAUUAAGUAAACGGGACAAAACUGUGUGACAAAGAUGAAUACUGUUCGGCCAGCCGGAAGAAUUGUCCAAAAUAAUUGAUAGUAUAACACUGUUGUUAUAGUACUUAUUGUCACUAGAGUAAGGUGCAACUGUAGACCCGGAUCUACCGGCAUGUCCGUCACACAGAAUACCCAACAUUGUACUUCUAGUCAUUGUAAAUAAAUGUUAGUUGAUAAA